AACUUUAAAUUCAUUUCAUUUCUCUUCCUUCAACCGUUUCGUUUUUUGUUUUCUUUAGCUUUCUUCUUCUUCUUCAAAUACAUAAAACAGGAAACAGAUACUUCACAUCAACGCGGGUGUUGUUGUGUUUUGUUUUGUUGGGUGCUAGUUGUGUAUCACCGCCCGCCUGUUAUUUUGUAUCAGCGGUUUAAGCGGAGCGGGUUGGCCGGUUUUUUUUUCGGUGGUUUUGGCUUUAAUUUUUUUCAUUUUUCUUGGAAUUUGUGGGUUUUUUUCUUUUUCCUUUUGGUUUUUAAAUAAACAGCUGCUGAACUGGGGGCUGUACUUGUGUUGUGUACAAGUUACUGCUUUAUCAAUGGCUUUAAGUGAUGAACUUUAGUGUGAAAUAUGAAGAUGGGUCUUGAAUUAUUUCAAUACGUCUCUGCAUGUCGAAGAAAAGAUAAGAUCUGAAGGUGCGUUUGAUUUGAAAUCUGGAUUCUUUACCACACUGGUGUAGAUUUUUCGGGAAAUGAGAAUUGAAGAUUGGGAUGUUAAUAAUGUUUUAGUUGAAGACAGCUUUGUUUGUUAGUUUACGAGGUUGUGAAAGAUUGAAGAUUAGUGUUGAAAAUGGAUUGAAGAAGCUGGCAGUCCAGUUUUGGAUGCAAUGUUAAAGGCAUUAGCUACUGGGCUGUUGAUUAUUUCACUCCUAAUAUCGGUGUCCGUGGCCGACAACGGCUUUCCUAGAUGUAAUUGUGAUGAUGAAGGGAGUUUAUGGAGCAUUGAAAGCAUCCUUGAGUGCCAAAAAGUGAGUGAUUUCUUGAUUGCUGUGGCCUACUUUUCAAUCCCGGUUGAGCUGCUUUACUUUGUUAGCUGUUCAAACGUACCAUUCAAAUGGGUCCUCUCUCAGUUCAUUGCCUUCAUUGUUCUAUGUGGAAUGACUCACUUGCUCAAUGGCUGGACCUAUGGACCUCACCCGUUUCAGUUAAUGUUGGCCCUCACUGUGUUCAAGAUCCUCACUGCCUUGGUCUCAUGUGCCACAGCUAUAACUCUCAUUACUCUCAUUCCAUUGCUUCUCAAAGUGAAAGUUAGAGAAUUCAUGUUGAAGAAAAAGGCGUGGGAUCUCGGCCGAGAAGUUGGGCUUAUAAUGAAACAGAAAGAGACUGGAUUGCAUGUUCGAAUGCUGACUCAAGAGAUACGCAAAUCGCUUGAUAGGCAUACAAUCCUGUACACAACUUUAGUCGAGCUAUCGAAAACUCUGGGUCUGCAGAAUUGUGCAGUUUGGAUGCCUAAUGAGAUUAAAACAGAGAUGAAUUUGACCCAUGAGUUGAAUGGUAGGAAUUACUCGGAUUUAUGUAAUUGUUCUAUACCAAUUACUCAUCCAGAUGUUUUGAGGAUUAAGGGUAGUGAUGGGGUGCAUAUCCUCGAACCUAGCUCAGCACUUGCCACCGCAAGUAGUGUAGAGUCUGGUGAGCCAGGUCCUGUGGCUGCAAUUAGGAUGCCAAUGCUUCGGGUUUCAAAUUUUAAAGGGGGAACUCCAGAGCUAGUCCAAGCAUGUUAUUCAAUAUUAGUUUUGGUUCUUCCAAGUGGAGAACCUAGAACUUGGAGCAAUCAGGAACUAGAGAUAGUUAAGGUGGUCGCUGAUCAGGUGGCUGUAGCACUCUCUCAUGCUGCAGUACUUGAAGAGUCCCAGCUCAUGAGGGAGCAAUUGGAGGAGCAAAAUCGAGCUUUACAACAGGCACAACAAGAUGCUAUGAUGGCAAGCCAGGCUAGAAAUGCAUUUCAGAAGGUAAUGAGUGAUGGGAUGAGGAGGCCACUGCAUUCAAUUAUGGGUUUGCUUUCGGUUAUGCAGGAUGGAGAUAUGAAUAAUGACCAAAAGAUGAUUGUCAAUACAAUGAUGAAGACCAGCAAUGUCCUUUCGACUUUGGUAAAUGACAUUAUGGACAUUUCAACAAAGGACAACGGGAGGUUCCCAUUUGAGAUUAGAUCUUUCCGGUUACAUGCCAUGAUAAAAGAAGUGGCUUGCCUUGCCAGGUGCUUGUGUAUUUAUAGGGGCUUUGGUUUUUCAAUUGAGGUUGAGAGGUCCUUGCCUGAUCAUGUUAUGGGUGAUGAAAGGAGAGUUUUUCAGGUCAUUUUGCAUAUGGUUGGAAACCUAUUGAAUGGCAACAAUGGGGGAGGGACUGUAAUGCUUCGAGUUGUCUCAGAGACUGGAAGUCAGGAGAGGAAUGAUCAAAGAUGGGCAACCUGGAGGCAAACCUCACCUGAUGGGGAUGUAUAUAUCAGAUUUGAAAUUGGGAUGCACAAUGUUGGUUCUCAAUCAGAGUGCUCUACUUCAGGGGGACAGCUUGGUGGUAGAAGAAGUGCCAGUGAAGGAAUUGAGGACCGCUUGAGCUUCAGCAUUUGCAAAAAGAUAGUGCAGUUGAUGCAAGGGAACAUCUGGGUUGUCCCAGAUUCUCAUGGUUUUACUCAAAGCAUGGGGCUUGUUCUUCGGUUUCAACUACGACCAUCCAUUGCAAUAGCCAUCUCUGAAUCCGGUGAAUCGUCAGAGCACCCACAGUCCAAUUCUCUUUUAAGAAGCUUGCAGGUUUUAUUAGCAGAUGGUGAUGAUGUGAAUAGAGCGGUGACCCGGAAGCUGCUUGAGAAGUUAGGUUGCAAUGUGUCUGCUGUUUCAUCUGGAUUUGAAUGCCUUAGUGCCAUUGGCCCUGCAGCAUGUUCAUUCCAAAUUGUCAUUUUAGAUCUUCAGAUGCCUGAGUUGGAUGGGUUUGAAGUUGCAUUGAGAAUUCGGAAAUUCCGGAGUCGUAGUUGGCCAUUGAUUGUGGCCUUGACAGCAAGUGCUGAUGACGAUUUGUGGGACAGAUGCAUGCAGGCCGGCAUGAAUGGUGUUAUUCGAAAACCAAUUCUGUUGCAAGGAAUUGCCAAUGAGCUUCGAAGAGUCCUGCUGCACGCAAACAAAGUGUAAGUUACCGAAUUGCAGCAAUCUUUGAAUCUAUUCUGGUGAAGAUCUCAAUGAAAUAAGCAAACGACACCAUUUUGCCUCCCCCUUAUUCCCCCACCAAGUUCCCAGCAUAGACAUGUUACGUACAGUACAUUCACAGUCAAAUGGUAUACAAGUUUAGCUCCGUUCUAUUUAAAUGUGAUUGAACAUUUUUUCAUUAUUCUAUAUAUGCAUAGUUUAGAUGAAAGCAUAUAAAAUAAACAUCGUCAUAAACAUAUAUCAUCCUGAUAAAUAGGCAAAACAUUGUGGAAACCAUAAAAGGUUGAUUGGAAGUUUUUGAUACAAACACAGGAGUGUAGAGAAAAGAAAGCUCGAGUAUUAUAUACAGAACAAAGUAUGCAAAUUCAGAUGUUGAUAAUGAAUAGUUUGUGGAUAUUGUAAAAGCAGAUGAACAAUCUUAAUAAUAUGCAAAUAUUUAGAAACUCUUCUCCCUCGAAGAUUUGAGUUUUGUGGGUUGUUUUUAUGGAAAAACGCGUGAGGCUGGUUGAUGAUGAUGAGAACCAUGCACAGCAUUACGUACAAGUUUUAUUUUGGUUUCGAUUCAAUUAGUGACACGGCACGUGGAGUUGGACCCAGACCAGAGAGCAGACCCAUGUCAAACCCCACCCCACCCCACCCCACCCCCUAAAUUGGUUUGAAUAUGAAUUUGGGUCAUUUUUAUAUUUAAUUGAAAGGAGUUGACGUUAGAUCCUUUUGGAAUAUUUGACCAAAUCACAGCACAAAUUCUUGUGAUUUGCCAUCUAUCGCUUUUGUAGUGAAAUUUCUUGGAAAGUGGGGUGGUGUUAGUGCUGGAGCUGGACUGCUUCAUUAUAUGUAUCAAUUUUUAGGUAUAAC